AUGUCCUUGAUCAUUGCCUUUAACGUUUUCCUUCACUUGACACUCCCUCAGGGCCUCACAGUGAACGCCAGCCGGCUGAGGUACUGGUCGCACUCACAGUUCUCGCAGGCGUUUGUUGUCCAGGACCAUGUGAAGGACCAGGAGUAUGAGCUGCUUUCGGUGGGUGAUGUCGAGAUGACGCCAAUGAGUGUGCCCGGCGUCCUGUCGAUGACAAUAAGCAGCUCUGCCGUAUAUCUUGAGGAGCCAAAGGAUGUUGUCAUGGCCAACGCCGACAUUCGGAAAGACAGAAUCAGCGUCAAUGAUGCCUUUACCGGGCCAUCUGAGGACGAUGGUGAUGGUAUGGAGACUGAGUCGCAAAACAAGUCGUUUGAUGUCAGCUGCGUAUUGGCAUGGCUCGUUCCUGCCGCGUAUUGGUAUGGCUGA